CCCAGUUCCCCACACUCGCUCCUCUCUGCCUAUUCCGUGCCCGCUCGCACCAUAAACCCAAUCGGCGCCGUCCUUGUUCCCGGUUUCGUCUCCGGUCGCCGCCGCCGGUCAUCAGGGAGCCUUCGAGAAGCUUUAUAUUCAGGGGUAAAAGUUUCCGGGAGUCAUUAUAUUCGCGACUGUUAUAUAUUCCGAGGAGCACUGCUCGCUUGCUCGGAAAAUUGACCGCGCCGGAGUUUAUUUCUCUGCUCCGGUGGCGGCGGAGGUGUUGGUUCAGUCGUCGAUUGCUGCUCUGAAAAGGAGGGAGUUUGUAAUAGGAGCGGUAUUUUGACGGGAACGGCGUCGUAUUGGGGUUGUUUGACCGAUUUGACCUCGGAGCUGGGAGAGAAAGAGGGAAAAGGCCGGGAACAGGGAGAGUGUACAGGGGAUAAGGUGUAGGAGGGAAAGUGAGCGGUGUGGUGGUGUAUGGGGAGGUUAUUGGUGGGGUUGGCGGCCGGAUUUGCCUCCGUUGCUUGCUGUACGGCGGCAGUCAUGGUGGGCAGGCGGGUGAGGCGGUGGAUGAAGUGGAGGAAGGUGUUGCAGCUGCUGGAGGAGCUGGAGGAGGGGUGCGCCACCCCUGUCGGGCGGCUGAGACAGGUUGUGGAUGCCAUGGCUGUUGAGAUGCACGCCGGACUAGCCUCUGAAGGCGGUAGCAAGCUCAAGAUGCUGCUCACACAUGUUGAUAAUCUUCCAAAUGGGACCGAGAAGGGUACAUAUUAUGCCUUACAUCUUGGAGGUACAAAUUUUCGGAUCUUGCGGGUUCAGUUAGGUGGUCAGAGGUCUACUAUUCUCGUAGACCAUGUACAACGGCAACCAAUUCCUGAAGAUUUAAUGAAUGGAACCACUAAGGAUCUCUUUGAAUUUAUUGCAUCAUCGCUUGAAGGUUUUGUUGAGCAGGAAGGCAGUGGCUCAGAGCAUUUGCAAAACAAGAGAGAACUUGGCUUCACAUUCUCUUUUCCUCUCAAACAAAUUUCUGUCUCAUCUGGCAUUUUGAUGAAGUGGACAAAAGGCUUUACAAUCGAAGAUAUGGUUCAAAGAAAUGUUUCCGAGUGUCUAGAACAAGCAACUUCUAGAAAAGGCCUGGAUAUUCAGGUGUCAGCUCUGAUAAAUGAUACAGUUGGAACACUUGCACUUGGGCACUAUGAGGAUGAAGACACUGUUGCAGCAGUCAUAAUUGGCACUGGGACAAAUGCAUGCUAUGUGGAGCGAACAGAUGCAAUUAUAAAAUGCCAAGGCUUGUCAACAUCCUCUGGAAGCAUGGUUGUCAACAUAGAAUGGGGAAACUUCUGGUCAUCUCACUUACCAAGAACACCAUAUGAUAUCGAAUUGGAUCUAAGCAGCCAAAACCCUAGCGAUCAGGGGUUUGAGAAAAUGAUAUCGGGGAUGUAUUUAGGGGACAUUGUGAGAAGAGUGUUUCUUAGAAUGUCACGUGAGUCCGAUGUGUUCGGGCCCAUUUCUUCUAAACUUGAAACACCAUUCGUCCUCGAAACUUCAUUAAUGGCUGCAAUGCAUGAGGACGAUUCACCCGAGCUAAGUGAAGUUGGAAGAAUUCUCAGAGAAAUUCUCGAGUUACCAGACGUAAGUCUUCCCGCCCGUAAGAUCGCAGUAAAAGUAUGUGACGUGGUGACUCGACGAGCUGCACGUUUGGUGGCUGGGGGCAUUGUUGGAAUAUUAAAGAAGGUUGGCCGGGAUGGAACGGGUGGCAUAUAUAGCGGGAGACUCAGAAGUGGGAGCCAACCAAUUAGGAUGAGAAGAACAGUGGUGGCCAUUGAAGGAGGUUUGGUCACAAGCUACAGUCUGUUCCGGGAAUAUCUGGACGAAGCCAUGUCGGAUAUUUUAGGGGACGAAAUCUCUUCCUAUGUUACCCUUCGGGUAAUGGAAGACGGGUCUUGCAUCGGGGCUGCCCUUCUCGCCGCUUCUCUUUCGCGCUCCAAUGUCAGAUAGGAUACAUCUGCAAAUCUUCAAUGAUGAUAUAUAUAUGCAUGAGAUACAAAUACAGGGUAGCUCUGUAAAUGGUAGAAGUCAUUUUCCACCAAAAAAAGAAGUGAAGAAGGUUGUGAAUAUAGGUGUGGUGUUGAUAAUUUAAAUCAAGGAUGAGAAUUUGUUGGAUUGGUAGCCUUAUAUAUAUAUAUAUAUAUAUAUAGUUUUUACUUGCUUGUAUUCAGUUAAUCACAAGCAAUGGAAAAUGUAAAAAAAAGGAACUUGUGGAAUCAAGACUGGUCCUGGUU